CUCGCGCUCGGCGCUCCCGGACCCCGCGGACCCGAGCGGCGGCAGCCCGGGAGGCGGAGGCGGGAGCGGGCGGCGGCGCGCGGAGACGCAGCAGCGCAGCGGCAGCAUGUCGGCCGCAGGGUCAGUCCCGCCGCCCCCGAACCCUGCGGUGUCCUUCCCGGCUCCCCGGGUCAACCUGCCCUCCGGCCUCGCCAUCCUGCGGACCUACUCGGGCGCUUUCGUCUGCCUGGAGAUUUUGUUUGGGGGCCUUGUCUGGAUUCUGGUGGCCUCCUCCAAUGUUCCUCUACCUCUGCUGCAAGGAUGGGUCAUGUUUGUGUCUGUGGGAGCUUUUUUUUUCUCCCUGUUCUUCUUGGGCAUGUUCCUCUCUGGGAUGGUGAAUCAAAUUAAUGCCAACUGGAACUUUCUGGAUUUUGCCUACCACUUUACAGUGUUUGUUUUCUACUUUGGAGCCUUUUUGCUGGAAGCAGCAGCCACGUCCCUGCACAAUCUGCAUUGCAAUGUGACCACCACCGUGCAGCCACUCCUGGAUGACAACCAGUAUAGAAUAAAUGUAGCAGCCACAAUUUUUGCCUUUGUGACGACAGCUUGUUAUGGUUGCAGUUUGGGUCUAGCUUUACGAAGAUGGCGACCGUGACACUCCUUGGAAACUGACAGUCCUGCUUAGUUUUUUUGUCAUUAGUUUUAUUGUCUACUUUGUAUGUCUGAUCAAUUUGGAUACCGUUUUGUCCAGAUGUAACAACAUUCCAAUAAUUUCUCUGAUGUAGAGAUGCAAAGGGCAAGUUUUGGUUUAUGUCAUGUAUGGGAAUUUUAAUUAAGUAGUAUAAUGUUUAACAGAGAAAUGGCCUUUAUCUUUUUCUCUCUUCCUUUCCAUUUCUAAGGUUUAUGAAAUGUAUACAGAAACUGUUUAUAUAAAACUGUUACCCUUACUCUGCUUGUUUAAUCACAUGAAUCUAAAUUCUAAUAGGAAACAAAAACUACCUAAAGAAAAUACAUUUCAAAUAGACUCCCUACUGAAUUCUGUUUUGUAAUAACAAAAUCAGUAUUGGCAUACUCUUUCUGUAAAGAAUCUGUGAUGAACAUUUUAGAUUUUAUGUGCCACAUAGCCUCUGUGGUCAUUAUUCAAUUCUGUUGUAACCUGGAAACAGCUACAGAUAAUAUGUAAAUGAUUGAGUGGCUGUUUGCUAAUAAACUUUAUUUACAAAAGCAAAGCAAUCUAGAUUGGCCCACAUCUUCUAGCUUGUUGACAUCUGGUGUGAAAUUUUAAUUAUAUUUUCUGUAUUUUACCGUGCUAAUUAUGACAGGUUACAAACUUUAUUAAUAACAGCCACAUAAUACUUAGUCUCAAUUUGCAGGAAUCAUGAUGUCUUUAGAUAAUGGUCAAACAGCCGUGGAGGGACAUAAAGUUCAUCAAGAGGAUGCAAGCAGAGUAGCGGGUAUGAGAAAACAAUUGAUGAAGUAAAUCCUAGUUGCUUAAUCAAAGUAAUAACCUAACAACUGAGCAAGACUGUCUUUGGGAAGUCCUUAAAGCAAGAUCCGGAGAGAUCCUUGAUUAUGAAUGGAACUGGUGUCUUCUACUUGUGUCUUAUUUUAGAUUUAUUUAUGCUACAGAAUAUAGCUGUAAGCCUUCUGCAUGAGUACACAGAUGUGUGUGGAUAUGUGCAGCUUUUCCAAAUAGAACUCUAUAAAGAGUUGACCUCGACUUCUAGUUCUUUUGCUUUACUUUCUGCGCUACAUUUGAAUGGAGUAUUAAACAUAAAGUUGUAGAUUAUUACAUGUUUUGGUAUUCUCCCAGACAUCUGUAUUUGUCACGGAUGAACAAAAUGAGUUUGGAAAUAACAGCCAACACAAAAACUGUCUAUGACAAAUAGCAAGAAAGUAUUUUGACCUAACCUGUAGGGAACCCAGUCAUAGAACAGAGGUGCCAUAAAGUUUUUAAUGGGAGAGGUAAGUGUUAACACUGCAGUUCCCACCAUCACAUGAUCCAGGAGACAUACUUGUACCUUGCCCCAAGAGAGCUACUUUGGGAAAGAAAGAACUGAAGUUUGCUCUCUGUUUCAACCCUCUGCUUUCCGGCUGAAUCAUCCUGGAAGGGUAUAAUCCGGACUACUUUAGUUUCAUGGACCAUUUGAGAUUCAUGGAUAAGUAGCAUGGUCAGUGUUUUUUGGUCAUAUAAAUACUAUUUAUGUAAUAAUUUUCCAGGAGAAGAAAACCUUGUUGUAGUUUGUUUUUUGAUAACAAAAACACCAAUAUAGAAAACAUGCUUCAAUAAGUGACUUGAGGCAAUAAAUCUUAAAACUUUAUGCUCUUGUCUAAUCACAUCAGUAAUAUCCAACUUCCUGGGAUAUUUUUUCUAGCUACAUUCCAUAUGCUUAAACUUGUGUUAUGAUUUAUAAAUUAUAAAGUCAUAAAUGUGCCAUAAGGGUAUGUAACCCAUUCUAGUCAGAAAUGUUUAAAGUUAGUCUGCUAGGAAUUAGUUGUCAGAUUUUAUUUUUACUUACGAGAUGUAACAAAUCCGUGCUUGGUGGCAUUAAAUGAUUUCAUUAAAAUGCUUUAGUGACACUUUUGUAAAUGAAUUGCUUCUAGAUCAUUAAGAACCAAACCUAAAACUCACUAACUGUGAAUACUUAGAUUUGUAGAUUAAUUAUAUCCUAGAUUUGUGAGUUAUGUGACAAAGUGCUUGAACAAAAAUUAUGGCAUUCGUGAAUUUCUGUAUAUGUCUUAGUUGUAAAAAUGAGAAAGUGUUGGUUGGUUUUAAAAUCUGAUAACUCCACGAUGAAAAGAAAAUUUAUUUUAUAAGUGUUAUGACUCUAAUAAAGUAUUCAUUUGGUAAUCUCCUGGC